GUUGUAAAUUACUGAUUUAGAUUUCAUUUGGGUGGCUCAUCUUGGUGGGAGAGGCAUUCAGAUUCUUGAUCCUUUGGUUGGGUUAGCAUCCGCUGUUGAGAAAACUAGAUUACUUAAUUCUGUUCAGAUGUACUGAACUGAACUGCAACAAGCAGUUCAAUCAAAUGGAAGCAGCCAAAUUGCGAUUGCCUUAUGCAGAUCUUGCAUGCCUCAAGUAGGAACAAAAAUGGUUUCAAGGUUCGCAUCACAGCUGAGUAUUCUGGGGUCAAGGUCGAACUGGCUAAGAAUUUUGAGAUGGGAGUAUCUAAUAAAACUCCUGAGUUUCUUCAGAUGAACCCCUUAGGGAAGGUUCCAGUGCUAGAAACACCUGAUGGUCCCAUAUUUGAGAGUAACGCCAUUGCACGUUAUGUUGCUCGCUUGAAGGGCGACAAUACUCUUUAUGGGUCAUCCCUGAUUGAAUAUGGGCAUAUUGAACAAUGGAUUGAUUUUGCAUCAAUGGAAGUUGAUGCGAAUAUUUCACGGUGGUGUUACCCCAGACUUGGUUGGGCAAACAUGGUGCACCUUCCUCCGGCUGAGGAAGCUGCAAUUGCUGCUUUGAAGAGGGCACUAACUGCUUUGAAUACACAUCUCGCCGCAAACACUUACUUAGUGGGCCAUUGCGUCACUCUUGCUGACAUUGUAAUGACAUGUAACUUGUAUGUGGGUUUCAUUCACAUAAUGACUAAGAAUUUCACCUCGGAGUUCCCUCAUGUUGAGAGAUAUUUCUGGACCAUGGUUAAUCAACCACACUUCUGCAAAGUUAUGGGUGAGGUAAAGCAGGCAGACUCUGUUCCACCUGUUCAGUCUGCAAAGAAGCCUGUUCCAGCAAAAGAGUCAAAGCCAAAGACCAAGGAUGAGCCAAAGAAAGAAAUCAAGAAAGAAUCUGCUAAGCCUAAAGCAGAGGAUGCAGAGGAGGAGGAAGAGGCACCGAAGCCGAAGCCAAAAAAUCCUCUUGAUUUACUGCCUCCGAGUAAGAUGGUAUUGGAUGAGUGGAAGAGGCUGUACUCAAAUACAAAGACCAACUUCCAUGAGGUUGCAAUUAAAGGAUUUUGGGAUAUGUAUGAUCCUGAUGGAUACUCUCUCUGGUUUUGCGAAUAUAAAUACAAUGAUGAGAAUACAGUCUCAUUCGUCACUUUGAACAAAGUGAGCGGCUUCCUUCAACGCAUGGAUUUGGCUCGGAAGUAUGCUUUUGGAAAGAUGUUGGUGAUUGGUUCAGAAGCACCCUAUAAGGUGAAAGGGCUGUGGCUCUUCCGUGGGCAAGAGAUACCUCAAUUCGUUAUUGAUGAGUGCUAUGACAUGGAACUCUAUGAGUGGUCGAAGGUUGACAUAUCUGAUGAAGCACAGAAGGAACGUGUUAAUGCAAUGAUUGAAGAUCUGGAGCCUUUUGAAGGCGAAUCCCUGUUGGACGCAAAGUGUUUUAAGUGAGCACCUCCACUGCCUUGUUCCGGAGGAUUAUACUGUUAACAUCCCUAGGAAAUAAGCCCCAAUUUUCCCUGCUGAAGGUAGCUUUCUUUUCUUGUUUUUAAUUUUUAUAUUUUUAAAAUUUUAAUUUAGAGUGUGGGAGAUGAAAUGCCCUGAGGUUUUAGGUUUUGUCCGUCUUAUGGAUACGAGUAGUGGUUGGUGGUCAUUUAAACAUCUUUAUUUAUUACAAUUUUCCUGCCUUUGAUUUAGCA